CUCAUCCAGACAAAAGCGUCUGUGAGUACGUACGUGAAACAAGUACAUAUGGACGUGGACACAGCAAGAACGACGGCGCCGGCGGCCAUCACGAACGCCGGCGGCCUCCUGCUGUUCCUGUCUCUGUCUCUGUCGCCGGCAAGCAGGGCGAUCGCCAAGGGCAAGCAAAGGGCGCGGGUGGAGGGCGCGUUCCAGUGCCGCACCUGCGGGCGCCGCUUCGCCACGUUCCAGGCGCUCGGCGGCCACCGGACAAGCCACAAGCGGCCGCGGGUGCGCGCCGACGGCCUCGACCUCCUGCUCGGCGCGCGGCCCGGCAAAGGCGCUGGGAGGGACGAUGUCCACCGGUGCCACACGUGCGGCGAUGUGUUCACCACCGGGCAGGCGCUCGGCGGCCACAUGCGCCGGCACAGGGCGGCGUUCGAUAUUGUGCAUGCGCCAGAGACGAUGACCAACAAGACCUCCAGCUUGUCAGUAGAGGGAGAUGACGCGGACCCCUUGCCAACCAGUACCUUAAUCCACUUCAUAUGAUCGAUCAUUCAUCAAUAAAAUGUGACCUAUACAUAAACACGUCACAAUGCAACGUAACAUUCUUCCUUAAUGAAUUGGCAGUGCUGCUCCUGCCUCUCUUUUCCAAAAAAAGAAAAGAGAAAUACGUCACAAGUUUUAUUUGUUUAUGUUGUAAUGGUUAUUGUAACGACAAGUGAUACAUGGUCUUCAUGAUCGAUGUUGGUUAAAUGAAAUGAAUAUAUAUG